AUGUCCCGAGUUCCAAAUCAAUCCUAUGCCUCGCGACCAGCCUUCGCCCCGCUGCAGUCCUCGAGCUCCUCCCACACCUCAACCUUCAGCAGCACUUCGAGUCUGGCCUCUCAGUCGCCUGCCCCUACAGCGCCGCUCACCUCGCCUUCGUCCGGCCCUCAGCAGCAACACUUUUUCGGGUCUGUGAACCAACAACAACAGCCGCGCCAACAGCUGCAGCCCCACAGACACCCGAGCUUCGAAUACCUGCCAAACCGACAAGGAGCAGGCCAGACCGCCGGCGAGACAACACAGUACCUAGACCAGUUCGCGCUGCUUGCCGAGGCUGCGAAGAGGGCACAGAUUGCGUGUGUUAUGCGCGAUAUCGAGGGCAUGGAACUAUAA